AUGUUGUUAAAUCUUCCAAUUGAUUCCAUAAUAAAAAGCCAGGCAUUUAUUCCGCGGACUGUGUUCUCCAAAGUGUCUCCAACUUCGCUGAAAACUCGCUCCAAACUUGCUGCCGUAUCGACCGAUGCCUUAUCCAGAAUUCUGGACUUGGAUGCGGAAUCAGUGGCGGACUCGGAACUUUUCGUCGAUUUUGUCAGCGGGAAUGCUGUCCUGUCGGGCAGUGUGCCGUUGGCGCAUCGCUACGGCGGCCAUCAGUUUGGUUCAUGGGCGAAUCAGUUGGGCGACGGCCGCGCUGUUCUGUUGGGCGAGUAUAUUAACAGUCACGGUGAAUAUUGGGAAUUGCAGCUGAAAGGCAGUGGAAAGACGCCGUACAGUCGCGCAGGCGAUGGCCGUGCCGUGAUCCGCAGUUCGGUGCGGGAGUUUCUGGCCAGUGAAGCCAUGUUCCAUCUCGGCAUACCGACAUCCCGGGCGGCUGCCCUCGUGGUCAGCGAUGAUCCUGUGUACCGCGACCAGUUUUACGACGGACACAUGAAGACCGAACGAGCGGCGGUGGUGCUCCGCUUGGCGCCGUCCUGGUUCCGCAUUGGCUCGCUGGAGAUUUUAGCCCGCAAUGGUGAACACGACGAGCUGAAGCAGUUGGUGGAAUUUGUGCUGCAGCAUUAUUUCCACGCGUAUAUUACCCCCAAAGAAUACGGGCAAGAUGAUUACAUUCAGCUGUAUGGAAUCAUCGUGAAUCAAACUGCGGAUUUGAUGGCCAAGUGGCAGUCCGUGGGAUUCGCGCAUGGUGUGUGCAACACCGAUAAUUUUAGCCUCUUGUCGAUUACCAUCGACUAUGGACCGUUUGGAUUUCUGGAUGCGUACGAUCCGAAUUUUAUUCCGAAUUCUUCCGAUGAUGAAGGACGGUAUGCUUACAAAAAACAGCCAGAAGUGGGCUUUUUCAAUUUAAACAAGCUGCGUGAGGCGAUGCUGCCUCUGAUUCAGUCGCCCGCACAACUGGACGCUGCCCUGGAGAAAUACUGGAACAGAUUUUACAGAGCAUACAACCGGGAGUUUAUGAAAAAAUUUGGUGUUAUUCGUGAGCACCAGGACAGUCAAAAGCUGAUUGCGGUCUUCCUGGAUAUUUUGACUGCGACUGGAGCCGAUUUUACCGCUUCUUUUCGUCAGCUGAAUUUACUGUUAUUAGCAGAAGACGUUGUUCAAAUUCCCACAGACGCCUGGGCACUGCACAAAGCAUCGCGGCAUAAGAAGUGGAAUUAUUUUACGUCCUUAUACCGGAAUAUUGCACUAGACAUACGUUUGUCUGAUUCGGAAAGGAUUAAUGUAAUUAAUUCUACAAAUCCAGUGUAUAUAUUACGGAAUUGGAUGGCUCAGCAAGCAAUUAUGACUGCCGAACAAGAUGACUUUAGCGAAGUAAACGAUCUCUGGCAAAUCUUACGCACACCGUACACCGAGCAAGCUUAUGCGGAAAAACGCGGAUUCUCUCGUGAAUCACCAAAGUGGGCGAAAUAUUUGAAAGUGAGCUGCUCGUCGUGA